AUGGAGCGGUGGCCAGAGACGGUCAGAGGAAAACCUCAAAUCUUUCGGAAGAUAGAGAGAGCCUCAGUUCCAAGCAGGGUUCCCAGUGCUGCUGCACUGACCACCAGGGACCUGGCCCACAUUCAGCUCCUGGGGUGGGGGGAGUUCUUCCAAGACACCAACGUAGUGAUCAAGAUCAGUACAGACGAGCUGGCAUGGCAGGUGAAAUCCCCAACUGCUUUCGGGCUGUCAGAGCGGUGGGGCUCACCCGCAGCUGACUCGGGCCCUCUGACAGAGAACGGCCUCCUAAACCUGGUUCUCUGGCUGGCCUGCAAGCAGCCAGCCUGCCAGGAACACCGCGCCGACCCGGACCUGCCUGGAGUCCCUGCACUGGUGCGGGACCGCAGCCUCGCUCUGUGUAAACCACUGCUCAUUGUAAGAAAGUGUGAAGGUUUAGGCAAUUACAAGUUCUUCAUUACAAAUGAGCAGAGCCUCUGCAGCAGCCCUCUGGCCGGGUGCGGGCAGGUGCUGCUGGAGUAUGGCGGCGCCUCAGUGCAGCAAGUCCAGGUCGCGGGCCAGGGCACCCUGCACAUGGUGGCACAGCACUGCCUGGUCUGGCGAGGCCCUGGACACGCGCACAAGGCCUGUGGCCACACACACCACAGCCUGGCACACCUCCUGCCACUGGCACAGCGCACAGUGCAGGCACUGCUAGACCACAGCUCCCACACCACGUGGCCUGACGCGCUCCCCAAGGUGCUGAGGACCUGUGUGCCAGUCACGGCAAUCCUUGAGGUUCUCUUCAACUUCUAUGCUUAGCUCCAGGCAUCUGAGUCCUGGAAGGAGGUGAUCCCUGAAGAAGCCUAUCAGAUGCACCAGCCUUUCUACCAGUCUAUCCUCACCCUGGCCUGCAUCCCACACUGCCUGCAGCACCUCUGCCACUGUACCCUCUGCAAACUCUUUGACAAAAAGUGCUUUCACCUCGUGCCCCUGUUACCCUUGCCCAAGCCCUGGCAAAACUACCUGCUUUUGGAGCCAGAGGAUGCUCGGCACUGA